CUACCAAGGCGCCGGGGAUGGGAGGAAGGGAGUGAGGGAGGGCGACACUGGAGUUGAGUACUUCUGAGAGCUUGUGGUGAGCCCAUGUGAGAAUCUUCGGAGGAUAGGCACGUACGAGCUAUCGCCUCGUACAAGUAAUCAUUGAUGCAUGCCUGACACGGGUCGAUUCGAUAAAAAAACUACAAAAACCAGCUCAAGAGAGAAGAGGGCGUUCGAAGAACCGGGAGCUGCAGCUCCUACUCCAGCUAAAUCGGCCGACAUUCCAAUCCACGAAGUUGCCUGUCAACUCAGUGGAAAAUUGUAAAUACCGAAAACACUUGCAAGGCGUUACGGACAUGGUCGGAUCUGGUCAGUGGGGAGGAGACACAUGGAAAACAGAGUGAUCAGACGGGCGGGACCAUAGGGCGUGAUUCUGCACAGGUGGAGAGGUGGGUAGAUCAGGCAAGCGAAGAGGAGAAUUUUGGGAUCGGCCUUUUCACCAGGAUUAUGGAUCAGAACCGAGCGAUUGCUGGGACCGACGAUUGUGAAGGUGCCGCUACUCAUGGUUCGCUAUGCCGUAGCAGGUUUCAAGCGGCCGGAGUUUCCAAGGAGGACUUGCUGAGCUCCAGAUCAUGCCUGCAGAGCAGUCUGCAAGCUCUGGUGUCGUGUUUGCUGGACUUCGCUCUGCCGCAGGAGACCAGUGCGGCGCCAUACGAUUGUCACUCCAUGCGACGGCGAAGCAGAGAUUCUUUCACAUUCUUCGAAAUGCCUCCGCACAAAUGCGGCAGCAUCAAAAUGAAUCUAAUGAAUUGACAUCUGCAGAAGCUCUUCGAGCCCUCAAAUCGCGCGCUAUCCACGAGUCCCCGAUUCCUUCACUGUCUUCAACUCCGUAGUUCUGCUACUGAUAGGUACAACUUUGACCCCCAUAGCUCAAUACAAGAUCCCGAUGUCAGGUUAUACACCCAGUUCCUCAUAGAAUGUCAAUCAGAUCGUCCCUGCUUAGAAAUCACCCACCUGAGCACCCGUCGUCAGUAACAGAUGCGAGAAUUGGCUGUUGAAUGGAUCGUAUGCACCGUACAGCUCUCGAAGGUUCUUGUGUGUUCACAUAUAUCUUCUAAUCAGUCCCCUACUUGACUAUGCUUUAAAGAAGUUUUAAUUACAAGUAACAAAUUUCCCGACUGAAAUUUUCC